AGGCACACCCACACCUUUCCUCUACUCGAUCUUGCUUAACUUGUUCUGCAGGAUCGAGGAGCAUCACGACCGAAUCAGCUGGUACGCAUGCGUCAUUUCCCUGGGCUCAUAUGCGAUUGCGACAAGGAACUGAAGUGAAGUGUAUACCGCACAGGUAAGUCAUGUACACUCCAGCGGCUGAUGCCGGUGUGAAUGUGGUGGAAAAGGAUGCAACUCUAAGCAGCGCUUACUCACCUGUGGACUACAUGAGUAUCACUAGCUUCCCAAGACUACCAGAAGAUGAUGUGCUUUCUUCAGACAAUACCCUCAAAUCACGCAAAGAUGAUGACAACUUCCUCAGUGAGCAGGACACAGACCCUGAUUUGUUUCUAAAGUCAGCUCGACUGCAGCGCAUGGCCUCAUCUGCUUCUGACUUGGGGAGCCAUGAUGUCACUCCUCUGAGAGAGACCACCAGGGACCCACUGGCACAAGAAUGUGCGUGUACACGAGAUGGCCUUACCGUUAUCAUCACUGCCUGCUUGACAUUUGCUACUGGAGUCACAAUGGCCCUCAUAAUGCAGAUCUACUUUGGGAACCCACAGGUGUAUACUCAAGCUGCAAUAGUAACAGAUGUGGCACGCUGCACAUCUCUAGGCUUUGACGUGCUGGGCAAACAAGGAUCAAGCAUAGAUGCUGCAAUAGCCGCCUCCCUCUGCCUGGGCAUCAUUCACCCCCACACCUCAGGCAUCGGAGGUGGCGGGGUGAUGCUUGUCCAUGACAUCCGUAAGAAUGAAAGCAGAGUCAUUGAUUUCCGUGAGACUGCACCAUUUGCCAUCCAUGAAGGCUUGUUGUUAAAUGUUAAUCAAAGGCCAGGUCUGCUAGUGGCUGUUCCAGGCAUGCUGAGUGGCCUACAUCAAGCUCAUCAGCUGUAUGGAAGAAUGCAGUGGAAAGAGCUUAUCACUUUGGCUGCGGAUGUUGCCAGGAAUGGAUUUAAUGUUACACAUGAACUGGCUGAUGCUUUGUCUGAAGUGAAAGACCAAAAUGUGUCUGAUACAUUCAGAAAUCUCUUCCUGCCGAACGGACAGACGCCAGUAGCAGGACUUUUCACUACACGUCUGGAUUUAGCUGACAUUUUAGACAAGAUUGCAAGCAAUGGGAUCUCAGAGUUCUACAAUGGGAAUCUGACUAAAGAAAUAGCAUCUGUGGUUCAAUCGGCAGGAGGUGUGCUGACAGAGGAAGAUUUUCAAAACUAUACCACUGUUCUACAAAAACCACUGCAAAGUCUUUAUCAGGGUUACAAGGUCUUAGCUGUCCCUCCACCCCACGCGGGAGCUGCUCUCCUCUCAGCUCUAAACAUCCUGGAGGGAUAUAACAUCACAAAUCAGGUGCCGAGGAACACAGUUUUCCACUGGAUAGCUGAGUCUUUGAAGAUCGCUUUGUCCCAGGCUAGUGGACUUGGAGACCCAAAGUUUGAUGGCUCCGUUUCAGAAGUUGUGGCACAGAUGCUAAGUAAAACUCAGGCUGCUGUAUUUCGUCAAAUGAUUAACGAUUCGCGUGCGUCUCUCGCUCAACAUUACACACCAUCAUAUGAGCUGCAGAGGGACGCUGUCGCCAGCCAGGUCAUGGUCAUGGGCAGAGAUGAUUUGAUUGUAUCUGUUAUGAGCUCACUGAACCGGCCAUUCGGAAGUUAUAUUAUGACACCCUCUGGGAUUCUCCUUAAUAGUCAGAUUCUGGAUUUCUCUUGGCCCAAUAAAACCCACGGCUCAGCAGAGUUCAAUCCGCGUAACAGUAUUGAUCCAGGGAAGCGACCCGCCUCCUUCCUAAUUCCCGUUGCAAUAAGACCCUCUGUUGGUCUUUGUGGGAAUUACCUUACCCUGGGUUCCUCUAAUGCCGACCGGGCCCUUAGUGGCAUCACUCAGGUUUUGCUUAAUGUUUUAUCAUUACGCAAAAACAUGAGUGACAGUCUAGCUAACGGCAGGCUUCAUCCUCUCAUACAAACUAACACCCUCCUGGUAGACUCUAAAUUUAUGCAGGCCGACGUGGAGUCUCUCAUACAGAUGGGCCAUAAGGUGGAGAAGGUGGACAUCAUCUCACUGGUAGAAGGAACUAAGAGAACCAAUGACCUGAUUGUAGGUGUGAAGGACCCCCGCAGCACUGACGCAUCUGCACUGUCUAUGUCUAUGCCCUAGAAUUCAACAUAUAUCCUGCUCUGUCAUGUGUUUACAUGGUUAUUUGUACUGUUUUAGAUAUUGCUUGUGAAAUAGCUAUCUCCACAACAAACACAGAUAGGAACAGUAGGCUAGCACAUAUGAUGUGUCUUCUUGUAAAAGUAAGAUUUGAGUGUGUAUUUAUAUUUUACCCUAAUAUUUCUUAAACUACAAUUCAUGACGUUUCAGGAUUGUUUCUUACAUGAUGUACUAGAUUUGGCAGGUCCAAUUUUUUUUGAUUAAAUGUUGUUUGUCCUACACAUACAGUACAUGUAAAAGUUUGGACACAGCUUGUUUAUUUAUUAUAACUUAAUUAAAACCAGUAGUGUUAGAAUAUAUAAGUGUAGUGGCAGAAAAAUGGUCAGGAAAUCUAUGAACUAACACAAUUUUAAGUAUUGUCAUUAGGAAGUAUUUUCAAAAUAGCCUAGCAUUUAUUUUUUUGUUAAAAAGCUAGCAACAAAUUUUGCUAGUUUGAAUAAAAAAUGUAGUUCCUUUCAAAAAUGCAAAAUCCGAUGAGGUUUUUAAAAGUGUGUGUGGGGGGGGGGUCAGUCUUGACAGGGUCGCAGUGAAUGGAAUUCUGAAAAUCAUGUCCAGCGGUUUUAGUCAUGAUGUCAAAUCAACCAGUUUGGCAGGUAUAUGCUCUACAAUAGAGUGCCGCAUGAUGACAUAUUUGUGGAGGCCAACCUGGAAUUUAGAGGGACAUUGGUUCUCUUGAAAAAAAACCCGUUCAUUUUUCCCUUAGACUUUUUGAUUAUUGCAUAAAAGCUUUGUUUAACAAACAUUUAUGACACUAACACGUUAUGUCAAACAAGUUUGUCUUCACAGAUGAACACAAGGUUUAUGAAUCAAAAUUGGCAUUUGGCUGCCAAACCUCUUCGCACAGUUGUGAACAAAGGUUGUCAUCUCCCUUGUCUUUAGCAAACCAUAACAUUUUAUUUUCGUCGAGGUAAUGUUAUUUGUUUCAGAGAUCAGUUUAGCCACUACUAGCCAGAACGAUAAAUAGAGACAGGAAGUUCACUUCGAUUCAGGCACGUGCCUGCAACAACGUGUGUUUGUCUGAUUAUACCAUAUACAGUACCUUCUCUAAUGGUUAUUUUUUAAGGAAAUUAAGUGAAAACAUUAUUAAACCAGUUAUAGACCGUUUUGCAAGAUGUAAACAACACUGGUCCAGAAGCACUUUCUGUUUUAGUUUUUUAACACUGAACAAAAUAUUAAUAUUUAUUAAAUAUUAAUUAAUGUUUGAACGAAAUACAACCGAAAAUGUAGAACUGAAUUAAAAUGUAAAGUAAAUGUCAGGGCUCAACAUAAAGGUCUGCCCGGUGGCCAUGGGCAAGCUUGAGAGACAUUCGAGCCAGUAAAAUGAAUUGUCACUUGCCCGAUCGGGCCAGCGCUUCACCCUCAGUCACAAAAAUAUAUUUUCAUCGAUAUUUAACAUUUUGGAAGUAGACAUUAACUUAGGUAAAACACAACGAAAGAAAUAAUGUAAUAUUUUGCACAGUUUGCUGUCAGUUUACAGGUAAAGCAGAAAAGUUGGGAGACUUUUUUCUUUGGAACAUGUCUGUUGUAUAUGUAUACAAUUAAAUUUGACUUUUGAAUUAGUAUUUUUAAAUAUGUGACACUGACAUAUUUUAUUGGGGCCAGUGAAAAUGUUGGCAGCGCAAGUAAAAACCUGAACCACUGGCCGGAUUGGGCCAGUAUAAAAAAAUAUUUGCAUUGAGCCCUGAAUGUGAACUAAAAAGCUUAAAAACAACAGGAAGUGCUCCUGGACCAGUGUUGUUUGCAUCUUGUAAAAUGGUCUGUAGGUUACUCAUCCAGGCACGCUCCUUUGCAUGUGCUUCUCUGGAUCUGCUCUUCACCAGUAUGUGCUUUCUCCUGUGCUCAGUCAUUUAGUUUUUACCUUCGAGACUAAUUUUUUUUUAGGGAUGUAUUUUUUCCCUCUUUCUUCAUUUAGUAGCCUAACAUACGUGAGAACAAAUAUGUAUAGUAAUUUCCUAUUUAUUUAAAGAGAUGAAUUUGAUUUGAGGUGAGCAAACACUCAAAAAAUACUUGCAGAUGUUAAAACUGACAUCAAAUAGACAUCAAUUAGUGUGCUACCUAAUUUUAAAAGCUUGUGAAUGUUGUAAAAACGGAUAGGUGGCUAAACUGCUGAUCUGUUAUAAGUGAAUAAAAUGUUUGUCAUUCCAUUUAACCUCAGACACUAACAUUAUUUUAGCGUAUUAUUUUUUUCCUUUCUUCAUUCAGCAACUUAGGCCUAUAUGAGACCGAAUAUAUAUAUAUUUUGGGGAUUUCUGAUUUUGGUUGUUGUAUAACGGAGAUGCAGCUGCUAUGGUAAGAUCUGUUAAUGUAAAGUGAAUUAAAUGUUUAUUUAUUUUCAACAAAUAUCUGUUUUAAGUCCUCUAUUUUGUGUUGAAGUCAUUGGAUAUUUUUAAUAAAAUACAAUACCAGUAUGAU